UUACCCAUGAAUCCGCCCCCCUCAAGCAUCAAUGGGUAUGACAACACCGACAUUUGACCGAGAGCAAAGGACUGGUGGCCAUCAUACUCAGCUUCUCAUUUCCUCCUUUACCAGCAACCAAGUCUAAGAAGAUGUCUGACGCUCUUUGUAUUGUAGGUUCCAUUUUUGGAUCUACAGAAGAACAGCAAAACUGUGAAUCCUGUUACAUGAUAGAUCUGGGAUCUGUCAUAGGCAUUAUUGCCUCAGAUAUCAUCUUGACCAUACUCAUCACCAUAACGGUGUUCUGCUUGGUGUCUCGCCCCAAUAAGAAAAGGGACUCAGAUUCACAUGAUGGGAAAAGAAGUCAACCAUCAUCAUUAUCAAAGAAAAUGUCAACUGAAGUCAUUGAAUCCCCCUAUCAGGAGUUACAUGGAGUCCAGUCAGAUGUGUACAGUGAGCUGCAGCAUUAUAGGAAAUGAUACAACAGAUCAAUUAAUAUUUCAUGAAUGUUUCCACUAUUGCUUUUUAAAGCUAUAAACAGUAUGUUUGUUUUGCACACCUUUUGCAUUGUUAGCUAUUCUCUGACAGCAUUAUUGAGGGCAAGAAAUAGGCAGCCAAACAGGGUCAAAUAUUUACUGUGACAGGUUAAGGUUUACCCGCCACAUUGGCAGAAAGGUUCAAGUUGUAGAAAUUAUUAUCAUCAUUAGGGUAACACAUUUCUAUUUUUAAGCACCAGGGGAUCAGUUCCAAAGUUUCCCCCUAUGGAUUUACAAAGUGAUAUGAAAUUUUGAGUGACCUGCCUCAGCAGUAGGUAAGAGGAACACUUCAAAUUUGUCCCUGAUGAUGGCAUAAUGUGUAUAUUUUUAUGUAUGUAGCAUGUCAGUGAUUCAUAUUUUAUUCACUGAGUAUUGUGUUAAAGUGAAUAUGGUGUUGUCUGUAUCAUUUUUGCAAAUCAUGAGCCAACUGAAACUGUGCAGUUGUAUCUAACUAAUUUUAAAUUAAAUUACAAUUU